UUAAGAUGUUUGAUAUUUUGCUCCCCCGAAGAUCUGGGUGUCUGUUGUUAAUGACCUCGUAGAAGGAGGAGGUGAAAAUGUUUUCGUCUAGGGGAUUGUUGCUGUGUCGGAGAUUAGCGUCAACUUCGAAGAGUAUACAGAGGCGUACGUUUAUGCUGAAACCACCUCUAAAUGGCGGUGGCGAAUAUGUAUACCGAUCAGCUCCAAAACCACAUGCAAAAAUUACAAUAUUCUUAGCAGAAGCAGUCGGAGCCUACAUGUGGUGGUGGAUCCUGUGGCACCUUUGGCAUGAACCAGAGCAUAUUACAGGCGAAUUUCCAUAUCCUGAUCCAUCAAAAUGGACAGACGAAGAGCUAGGCAUACCACCAGAUGAAGAGGAAUAAACGAGAAUUGUUUCUUUAGUGCUGCAGAAUUUAUUUCUAUUUAUAUAGAUUAAGAACUGUUUGUGAAUUUGUAUAUAAAGUGUAAAUUGUAAUGUA